AUGCUUUCAGUGUUGGAGGCAAAGCUCAAGGAUGGAUUUGUGACAGGAAAUUUACCUAAACCGCCAUUGAAUUCACCAAGAUUUGCCGGAUGGAAGCAGGCGAACAGCUUAGUUUGUUCAUGGAUCAAGAGCUCAAUGUCUCCUGACAUAGCGAAUACUUUUGCUUUCAUCAAUGAUGAAAGAACUCUUUGGAGUGACAUAGCAGAGCAGUAUGGAACAACUAAUCUCCCUCAGCUGUUUGAGAUAAAGCGUGAAAUAGCUUUGGUAAGACAAGGAGAUUCAAGUGUGGCAGCCUACUAUGGAUGUUUGAAGCAACUCUGGGAUCAGUAUACACAGUUGCGGCCAAUUCCAAUUAUUGAUAAUGAGAUUGAAGAAUUGAUGAUAACCAGGGAGGCAGAGGACAAGAGAAUGGAGUUUCUUAUGGAUUUAAAUGAGGAGGAGCGCUUUAAGCUAACUGGAAUUCCAAAAUGGUAUCAUGAGAACAAGAAGUUACAGCAGCUGCAACCUGCAAGAAUGAACAAAAUGACUGCUGGAAUGAACAAUGUGGUUGCUGGAAUGAACAAUGUGAGCAAUAUGGUGACAGUUGGGGAGACUCCUCUAAACAUUACAUCAGAUAAUAAUGGGGACUUGCAGAUGGUGAUCUCUGGUGCAGUGCAAAAAGGCUUGAGAGAAUUCUAA